AUGUGGCGCUUAUGGAAAUCACGUAAUGAGUUCCUUUUUCAACAGAUUGAUCGAUUCCCUUGGAAGGUGGCACAGAAAGGGGAACAAGAAGCAACCGAAUGGGUCGAAACUACGAUUAAUGACACAGCUAACUCACACAGCACUGAACAACCAAAUGAUCGACCGUCGGGCCGAAGUAAAGAAUGGAGUCCACCACCGGAGGGUUAUCUAAAAUGUAACUUUGACAGUGGCUAUGUUCAAGGAAGGGAUUAUACAAGCACAUGUUGGAUAAUCCGAGACAGUAAUGGACAUGUAAUACAUUCAGGUUGUGCGAAGCUACAACAAUCAUACUCAGCCCUACAAGCGGAAGCCUUGGGAUUUUUACAUGCUCUACAAAUGGUUUGGAUUCGUGGAUACCGUUAUGUGUGGUUUGAAGGAGAAAAUUAA